AUGUUUAUUUAUCUCGAUCACUUCACAUCUAUCUAUCUAAUUCAGGCCGUUCAUAUCUAUUUAUCUCGGUCAUUUCCUAUCUAUCUAUCUCAUCAAUUCACAUCUAUCCAAUUCUGUCUGUGCAUAUCAUUUUUUCUAUCUAUCUAUCUCUUUUUAACCGACCUUUUUAUCCUUCGUCUAUUUCUUAAUUCUUUUCCUCACAUCUUUCUCCUUUUCAUCACAUCUUUCUCCUUUUCCUCACAUCUUUCUCCUUUUCAUCACAUCUUUCCCCUUUUCAUCACAUCUUUCCCCUUUUCCUCACAUCUUUCUCCUUUUCAUCACAUCUUUCUCCUUUUCCUCACAUCUUUCUCCUUUUCAUCACAUCUUUCUCCUUUUCCUCACAUCUUUCUCCUUUUCAUCAUAUCUUUCCCCUUUUCAUCACAUCUUUCUCCUUUUCCUCACAUCUUUCUCCUUUUCCUCACAUCUUCCUCCUUCUCCUCACAUCUUUCUCCUUUUCCUCACAUCUUUCCUUUAAUCUUUCUUUUUCUUUUCUUUUUUUUCCUAAAUGAAAUCUUCGUCUCUCUUUAUUUCUCUCUUUGUUCUUUUCUCUUUCUCUUCUACUUCUUGCUUUCAAUCUCAUUGGCUUUUAUUUUGUUUUUAUUUUCUAACUUUUCUCCUCCUUGUUUCUCUCUUUCCCUCUCUCUUUUUAUUUCUCACUCCCUCUAUAGCUUCUCUCUCAUUUCUCCUCUUCAUUUCUUUGGUUUUCUUUCUUUUCUCUACACCUCUCUUUUUCUGUCUUUUAUUUCACUUUUUCCUUAUCUUCUCUUUAUCAAUCGAACUUUCUUUUUUUUCUUUCUUUUUUUCUUUCUUUCUCUCAAUCAGACUUCACCCUUUUCUUUCUUUAUCUCUCUUUCUUUGUCUUUUUUCUUUCUCCAUUCUUUUGAAUUUUUCUUUUUCUUUCUUUCUUUUCUUUCUUUCUCUCAAUCGGACUUCCCCCUUUAUUUGUUUUUCUUUUUUCUUUCUUUUUUUUUUUUGUUCCACUCAAUGAGACUUUCCCCUUUUCUUUCUGUAUCUCUCUUUUUCUCUGUCUUCUUUUUUUCUGCCUUCCCGCUGGAUUUUUCUUUCUCAUUGUAUUCGUUCUUUCUUUCUCUCAAUCGGACUCUCCCCUUUUCUUUCUUUCUGUCACUCUUUCUUUCUGUUUCUUUCUUUCUUUAUUCCUCUCAAUUAGAUUUUCCACUUUUCUUUCAUUUUGUCUCUCUUUCUUUCUGUUUUUUUUUUCCUUUCUUUCUUCUGCAUUCUGCUGGAUUAUUUGUAUUUCUUUCCUAUUGUAUUCUUCCUUUCAUUCUUUCAAUCGGACUUUCCUUUUUCUUUUUUUUUCUCUCUUCCUUUCUUAAUUCUGUUGGAUUUACCCUUUUCUUUUUCUCAGUAUUCUUUCUUUCUCUCAAUCGAACUUUCCCUUUUGUUGCUAUCUUUUAUUUGUUUCCUUCUGCUUUCUCUCGGAUUUUUUCUUUUAAACUCCGUUUUUUCUUUCUUUUUUUCUUUCUUUCUUUUCUUUCUUUCUUUCUUUCUUCUUUUUUUUGUCUCUAUCUUUGUUUUCCUUUAUUCUUUGUUUUCUAUUUCCUUCAAGCUUUUUUUACUUCUUUCCUUCUCGCUACUUCAAUCUUAUUGAUUUACUCUCUUCAUUUUUUCUUAUUUUUCAUAUCAUUCUCUGUCAAUAUCCGCAUGUCUUUUGUCUCUACUUAUCUAUUAUUUUCUGCUUUUUUGUUUUUCCAUAUUUUAUUAUUUUCUCUCUCUCUCCCUCUCCCUCUCUCUCUCCCCCUCUCUCUCUCUUUUUCUUUCUUCAUUUCCUCUAAAUCUCUCUCCCCUCUCUUUUUGUUUUUCCAUCUAAUUUUUCUUUCUCUAUCAUUCCCUAUUUCUCUCUUUUCCCCUCAUACUUUCUUUUACUUUCUCUACUUUUACUUCUUCCUCUUUUUCAAUUACCCUCCCUUUUUUGUCUUUCUUUUUUCUUUCUCUCUCAUAUACGCUUUCUAUCCUCUUUUUUCUAUCUUAUUUAGUUCUAUCUCUCUUUAA